AUGCAUAUUUCUCUCAAAAGGCCAGGGAUCCUGGGUAGAAGAAAAUGUUCCUGGAAACCAUGGAUGGUUGCUCUGACUACCACAGCUGUUUUGUUGGCUUUGGCAAUAAUCAUUGGUCUUCUUGUUUACUUUUUAGUGUAUGAUCAGAAGACUUAUUACUACCAGGCCUCCUUCCGGAUUCCCAGCAUUAAAUAUAGCUCAGAUUUGUCCAUAGAACAGUCAAGACUUCGGACAACCCUGAAAGAAAAACUCAGCAAUGAGAUAGAUGUGAUAUUUCAAAGAUCCAGUUUAAAGCAUCAUUAUGUCAAAUCUCAAGUUGUCAACUUCAGGCCCAGUAAUGAUGGUUUGAAAGCAGACAUGCUGAUUAAAUUUCAGUUUCCCCUUAACAAUGUGGACACUUUGAAAAGACAAGCUGAUAGCAUUUUGCACAAGAAGUUGCAAUCUCCCGAGAUCUUCUUGAAGAGAGACAUUUCAUUACCAUAUCUUAGAGAAAUGAAUGCAGCACAAGCAGAGAAUAUUCUAAACAGUGACUGUGGCUUGGGGAGGGAGUACCCACAGACAGCCAGAAUCGCUGAUGGCAAAGCUGCAGACAAAGCUUCCUGGCCAUGGCAAAGCAGCCUGCAGGUGGAUGGCGUCCACCUCUGCGGUGCGUCUCUGAUUGGCUCCCAGUGGCUCCUGACCUCUGCUCACUGCUUUGAUACUUACAAAAACCCCAAACUGUGGACAGUCAGUUUUGGAACAACCCUAAGCCGUCCACUGACGACAAGAAAGAUGGCGUCCAUCAUCAUUCAUGAGAACUAUGCAGCCCACAAGCAUGACGAUGAUAUUGCUGUGGUCAAGCUCUCCAGCCCAGUCCUGUUUUCCGAAAACCUGCGCAGAGUCUGUCUCCCUGAUGCUACCUUUCAAGUCUUGCCAAAGAGUAAAGUGUUUGUCACAGGAUGGGGAGCACUGAAAGCAAACGGUCCCUUUCCCAAUUCUCUGCAAGAAGUUGAAAUAGAGAUCAUAAGUAAUGAUGUAUGUAACCAAGUUAAUGUAUAUGGUGGUGCUAUAUCAUCAGGAAUGAUAUGUGCUGGAUUCUUGACAGGAAAACUAGAUGCCUGUGAGGGUGAUUCUGGAGGGCCCCUGGUUAUUUCAAAUGAUAGAAAUAUCUGGUAUCUUCUUGGAAUUGUUAGUUGGGGAAUCGACUGUGGAAAAGAAAACAAGCCCGGAAUUUACACCAGAGUGACUCAUUAUCGGAACUGGAUUAAAUCUAAAACUAACAUCUAA